AUGUCUAAUAAAGCAGAAACUAUAGAUUUAACUAUGAAUUCUACAUUUGAAAUUGAACCUGAAGAAUCUUCUAUUGAAAUAAUUCAACCAAUUGCUAAAGAAGUUCUAUCAUCUAAAAAAACUAAAGAAAUUGCACCAAGUAAAUAUAAUAAUUUAUUUAUAUUCUAA